AUGGGUUGGUUUUGGGCAGACGCUGCUCCCGCGACCGUCCAUGUCCCAAUUGGACAUCCGCCUGUCCCCGCGAACGCCGACAAGGCGCCUCCCUCUGGUUGCCCCAUGCACAAGAAGACUCUCGACAAACUCAACCCCGACGCCAAAUGCCAGAAGCCCCAAGAUGCCCCAGCUGCAUCAGGCUGCCCCGUCCCUCAUGCCGCCAAAACCGAGGAGAAGCCCAAGUCAUUGAUCUCCCAGCUCAACCCUCUCAACUACAUGUUCCCCGAUCUAUCCCAGAAGCCCGCACCUAACCAGGCUUUUGCUCUACCGACAACACGAGAUGAAUCAACUAUCCCCAAGGGCUCGGGCGACGGGAACUGGGAGUACCCCUCCCCUCAGCAAAUGUACAAUGCGCUCCUGCGCAAGGGAUACACAGACACGGACAUCACGGCCGUUGAAGGCAUGGUUUCAGUGCACAACUUUCUGAACGAGGGCGCAUGGCAGGAGAUCAUUGGUUGGGAGCAGCGAUUCUCUAAGGGACUGUACAAGGGGUGGCAGCUUUGCAAGAGGGGCGAGGCUCAUUUCGAUGAGGAACUGGACCGACAGUGGGAUGGCUCAGAUGUUGAGCCUACCCUCGUCCGCUUCCAGGGCCGGCCCAAGGACCUGACUCCCAAGGCCACCAUGAUGCAGGUCCUGGGCUGGAUUUACCCCUCCAAGUUUGGCACCGAGCCUCCUUUCGACCGACACGACUGGUAUGUUUCCCGGGACAUCAACGGCGAGAAGAAGGAGGUCCGAUAUGUCAUCGAUUACUACUCUGGUGAGCCCGAGGUCACAGGCGAGCCCGUCUUCUACCUGGAUGUACGUCCUGCCAUGACUCCUCAAGGCGCGGCCGAGCGCAUUAUCCGAUGGAGCACGGAUGUGUGGUGGAAGGCCAUUGGUGGCGACAGGCGGGAGCAGGACCCCCAGCCCUGGUUCCGGGGUACUUCGUAA